AUGCAUCAUUCAGAACCCUCUGUAUUUAGCAUUCAAGAAAACCAGAGUUCUGCAGUGAACUUCAUCCUCGUGGGCUUCUCAGAAUACCCACACCUCCAGGUACCUCUCUUCCUUCUGUUCCUGACCAUAUACACAGUGACUGUGCUGGGCAACCUGGGCAUGAUUGCCAUCAUCAGGCUCAGUCCUAAACUCCACACUCCCAUGUACUUUUUUCUUAGUCAUCUCUCCUUUGUGGAUUUCUGUUACUCUACUGUUGUCACACCAAAGCUCUUAGAAAACUUGAUUGUGGAAGACAGAAGGAUCUCCUUCACAGGCUGUGUCAUGCAGUUCUUCUUUGCAUGCAUAUGUGUGGUGACAGAAACCUUUAUGUUGGCAGUGAUGGCCUAUGACAGGUUUGUGGCAGUAUGCAACCCCCUCCUCUACACAGUGGCUAUGUCUCAGAAGCUGUGCUGGUCCCUGGUAGCAUCAUCAUACUCCUGGAGUAUAGUGUGUUCCUUUAUAUUCAUACACUUUAUGUUGACCUUGGUCUUCUGUGGGACAAAGUUCAUAAAUAACUUUGUGUGUGAGCAUGAUGCCAUUGUCGCUGUAUCCUGCUCUGAUCCCUACAUUAGUCAAAAAGUCAUUUUCAUCUUUGCUACUUUCAAUGAGCUAAGCAGUCUGAUGAUCAUUCUCACCUCUUAUGUUUUCAUUGUCAUCACUGUCAUGAAAAUGCCUACCACUGGAGGGCGCUACAAAGUCUUCUCCACUUGUGCCUCCCAUCUCACUACAAUCACCAUUUACCAUAGCAUUAUCAUCUGUCUUUACUGUGUUCCUACUACCAAAAGUUCUUGGCUUCUGGUCAAGGUGGCCUCAGUCUUCUACACAGUCAUCAUCCCCAUGCUGAACCCACUUAUAUACAGUUUCAGGAACAAGGAUGUGAAGGAUGCAGUUAAGAAACUAAUGUGCUCUUCUUUGUUAUUAUAA